CCUCCGAAAGCGCUUCAUGGAUGACUACAUCUUCACAUAUAUUGGCUCAGUGCUUAUCUCUGUAAACCCCUUUAAGCAGAUGCCCUACUUCACUGACCGAGAAAUUGACCUCUACCAGGGCGCGGUGAGAUCAGGGUUGGAUGGGUAGAAAUAUGCCCACACCUACCCUCUGAGGCCUCCAGCUCUGUACUGACACCUGACCUCCUCCACCAGGCUCAAUAUGAGAAUCCCCCGCACAUCUAUGCCCUCACCGACAACAUGUACCGGAAUAUGCUGAUCGACUGUGAGAACCAGUGUGUCAUUAUCAGGUGAUCAUGUAGUAGGGUGAGGGAUUCUGGAACAUUCUGUCCAGGCAUAUCCUCAAACACCACCACCAAGGGUGAUUUGUCAUGAACUCAUAAAUCAUGCCAUGAUGUCCCUUUAUCCCUAUUGCUCUGUUCUACUUUCUUUAUUUCCCUUGGCUCCUGAUACAGUGUGUCUAUUCAUUUUAUUAUCGCCUAUUGUUUCCUCCUAAAUAUUAGCUCCAGGACUGAAGAGAUGGCUCAGCAGGUAAGAGUGUUUGCUGCUCAAGGGUGAGACCCUGAGGCCAAACUCCCAGAAUUUACACAAAAAGUCAGACUUAGACACACACACCUAUAACUCCAGCAUUGGGAGAGGCUGAAACAGACAGGUUUCUGGGGUUUGCAGGCCACAAGCCUUACUCCAGAUUCAGUGAGAGAGCCUGUCUCAAGGGAAUAAGACAGGGAAUGAUGGAGCAGAACACCAGAUGUCCUCCAACCUAUGCAUAUAGGCACAUGAAUACAUAAACACAUGCACAUAUACCACAAACACAUAUACCAUGCUCAUAAUACAUACACACACAUAAAAUAAAUAAAUGUGGGGGUAUGAAUUUUUAAAUUACAUUUUAUUCAUUAUUUUGUGUGUAUGUGUAUAGAUCCAUGCAUGUCGAGGUAUGCAUGUAGAAGUCAGAAGACAACUUCCAAGAGCCAAUUCUCUCCUUCCACCAUAUGAGGGACUGAACUCAGGUCUUCAGGCUUGGCAAUGGGUGCUGAGCCAUCUUUCCAGCCCAAGGAAUUUUUACAUUAUAUCUACUUAUUUAUUUAUAUUCAUUGGGGCUGCCACAUGCCACAAUGCAAGUGUGAAGAUCAGAGGAGAACUUUCAGGAAUCAGGUCUUUUCCAUGAAACUCAGCUUGGCAGCCAAGUGCCUCUACCCCCUGAGCCACCUCACCAGCCCCUUCUUUUUUGGGGGAGGGAAAAGUGGGGAAAGCGGAGCUGGGAAAACAGUGGCUGCUAAGUACAUCAUGGGCUACAUCUCCAAGGUGUCUGGCGGGGGUGAAAAAGUCCAGCACGUCAAAGACAUAAUCCUACAGUCAAACCCACUGCUUGAGGCCUUCGGCAAUGCCAAGACGGUGCGCAACAACAAUUCCAGCCGCUUUGGCAAGUACUUUGAGAUCCAGUUUAGCCGAGGCGGGGAACCAGAUGGAGGCAAGAUCUCCAACUUCCUACUGGAGAAGUCUCGCGUGGUCAUGCAGAAUGAGAACGAGAGGAAUUUCCACAUCUACUACCAGCUUCUGGAAGGGGCCUCCCAGGAGCAGCAGCAGAACCUAGGACUCAUGACACCAGACUACUAUUACUACCUCAAUCAAUCAGACACCUACAAGGUAGAAGGCACUGAUGACCGGAGUGACUUCAAUGAGACCCUGAAUGCCAUGCAAGUCAUUGGAAUUCCGACUAGUGUGCAGCAGCUUGUCUUGCAGCUCGUGGCAGGGAUCUUGCACCUGGGGAACAUCAGCUUCUGUGAAGAAGGGAACUAUGCACGGGUGGAGAGUGCAGACCUCUUGGCAUUCCCAGCCUACCUGCUGGGCAUAGACAGUGGGCGGCUGCAAGAGAAGCUGACCAGUCGUAAGAUGGACAGCAAAUGGGGUGGACGAAGUGAGUCCAUUGAUGUGACCCUCAAUGUGGAACAGGCAACCUACACUCGUGAUGCACUGGCCAAGGGACUCUAUGCCCGCCUCUUCGACUUCCUGGUGGAGGCCAUCAACCGUGCUAUGCAGAAGCCUCAGGAAGAGUAUAGUAUCGGUGUCCUUGACAUCUACGGCUUUGAAAUCUUCCAGAAAAAUGGCUUUGAGCAGUUCUGCAUCAACUUCGUCAAUGAAAAGCUGCAACAGAUUUUUAUUGAGCUCACCCUGAAGGCGGAGCAGGAGGAGUAUGUGCAGGAGGGCAUCCGCUGGACCCCUAUCGAAUACUUCAACAACAAAGUCGUGUGUGACCUCAUCGAAAACAAGCUGAAUCCCCCAGGCAUCAUGAGCGUGCUAGACGAUGUGUGCGCCACGAUGCACGCCACCGGUGGCGGCGCGGACCAGACGCUGCUGCAAAAGCUGCAAGCUGCAGUGGGCACCCACGAACACUUCAACAGCUGGAGCGCGGGUUUCGUCAUCCAUCACUAUGCAGGCAAAGUCUCCUAUGAUGUCAGUGGCUUCUGUGAGAGGAAUCGAGACGUACUGUUCUCUGACCUUAUAGAACUGAUGCAGUCCAGUGACCAGGCCUUCCUACGGAUGCUUUUUCCUGAGAAGCUGGAUGUAGACAAGAAGGGCCGCCCCAGUACUGCUGGAUCCAAAAUCAAGAAACAAGCCAAUGACCUGGUGUCUACGCUAAAGAAGUGCACACCCCACUAUAUCCGCUGCAUCAAACCCAAUGAGACCAAGCGGCCCCGGGACUGGGAAGAGAGCAGGGUGAAGCACCAGGUGGAAUACCUGGGCCUGAGGGAGAACAUCCGGGUGCGAAGGGCAGGCUUUGCCUACCGUCGACAGUUCUCCAAGUUCUUGCAGAGGUAUGCCAUUCUGACCCCUGAGACAUGGCCACGGUGGCGUGGAGAUGAACGCCAGGGUGUCCAGCACCUGCUUCGUGCUGUCAACAUGGAGCCAGACCAGUACCAGAUGGGGAGUACCAAGGUCUUUGUUAAGAACCCAGAGUCGCUUUUCCUCCUGGAAGAGAUGCGAGAGAGAAAGUUUGACGGCUUUGCCCGCACCAUCCAGAAAGCCUGGCGGCGCCACAUAGCAGUCCGAAAGUAUGAGGAGAUGCGGGAAGAAGCUUCCAACAUCCUACUUAACAAGAAGGAACGCAGGCGAAACAGCAUCAACCGGAACUUCGUAGGGGACUAUCUGGGGCUGGAGGAGCGGCCUGAGUUACGCCAGUUCCUGGCCAAAAGGGAACGAGUGGACUUUGCCGACUCAGUCACCAAGUAUGACCGCCGCUUCAAGCCCAUCAAACGGGACUUGAUCCUGACCCCCAAGUGUGUGUAUGUAAUUGGGAGAGAGAAGGUCAAAAAGGGACCAGAGAAGGGUAUGGUUCAUGAAGUCCUGAAGAAGAAAUUGGAGAUCCAGGCCCUUCGAGGGGUAUCCCUCAGCACCAGACAGGAUGACUUCUUCAUCCUCCAAGAAGAGGCUGCCGACAGCUUCUUGGAAAGUAUCUUCAAGACCGAAUUCGUCAGCCUUCUGUGCAAGCGCUUUGAAGAGGCAGCGCGCAGGCCCCUGCCCCUCACCUUCAGCGACACACUACAGUUCCGGGUGAAGAAGGAAGGCUGGGGCGGAGGCAGUACCCGCAACGUCACCUUUUCUCGCGGGACAGGUGACUUGGCUGUGCUCAAAGCUGGGGGCCGAACUCUCACUGUAGGUAUCGGAGACGGACUGCCUAAGAGCACCAAGCCUACACGGAAGGGGUUAGCCCAAGGAAGACCUCGAAGGUCAGCGCAGGCCCCUACUCGAGCAGCCCCUGGGCCCCCCAGAGGUAUGAAUCGAAAUGGGGUACCACCCUCUUCCAGGGCAGGGCCCCUACCCCUGGAGAUCACAUCUGGAAGGAGUUCCCAGAGGCCUCCCCGGGGCCCUCCAUCCUCAACCCUAGGAGCCAGCAGACGUCCCCGGGCACGGCCACCUUCAGAGCACAACACAGAAUUCCUCAAUGUGCCUGACCAGGGUGUGGCAGGCAUGCAAAGGAAGAGAAGCAUAGGGCAGAGACCUGUGCCAGGUGUGGGCCGGCCCAAGCCCCAACCACGGAUCCAUGGCCCGAGGUGCCGAGCACUGUACCAAUACAUAGGCCAAGAUGUGGAUGAGCUGAGCUUCAAUGUGAAUGAAGUAAUUGAGAUUCUCAUGGAAGAUUCCUCUGGCUGGUGGAAGGGCCGGCUGCAUGGCCAGGAAGGUCUCUUCCCAGGAAACUAUGUGGAGAAGAUCUGAUUGUCCAUCCACCUUCCUGCCUGCUUGGCUGCCAGGGAGCCAAGCCCUGCAACUUGAAGCUUUGAUUACCCUGGCUGCACUGGCCAGAAUACUCAGGCCUAUGGUCUCUAGCCCAUUGAGGGCCCUGUGUGGAAAAGAUCACCACUGUCACACCCCAUGCCUGGUGCUUGACUCCCAUGGGUUGAAUCGCUGUCCAAGUCUCCAUUUCAUCAUGUGUCCGAUAGGAUUUGCUGCAGAACCUACCUCCCAGCUGCUUUGUGUGUAUGAAAUGAAUCAAAUCCUGCCCUGUUAGCAAAGUGCUGUGCACAUUCCAGGGUUAGGGGACUUUGACAAUUUGGCCUUUCUACCUUUCUCUCAUCACUGAGGCAAUAAAUGUGUCAGGUAAAAGCAAGGAGUAAAUUACUGAGUUCUGGGGCUGGGGAUGUGGCUUAUUUGGUAGAGUGCUUGCCUCUCAAGCAUGUGGCCCUGGGUUUCAUCAGGACCACAUAAAAUUGGGCAUGGUGGUGCAUGACUGUGAUCUCAGUACUCAAAAGAUGGUGACAGGGAGAUUAAGAGUUCAAUGUCAGUCUUGACUAGCUUAUUUUUAAAAACUUUUAAAAUAUUUAUUGAUUUGUGUAUGUGUGUGUGUGUGUGUGUGUGUGUGUGUAGGUCUAAGGACAACUUUGUGAAGUUAGUUCUCUCCUUCUACCGUGCAGAUUCCAGGAAUCAAACUCAGGUCAUCAAGCUUGGUGGUUAGGACCUUAGCCCACUAAGCCAUCUCAUCAGGCCCUACAUAGCUGAUUUUGAGGAUGUUCCAGGCUUCAUAAGAUCCUUUUGGGGGGUGAAGGGAAGGCUAUCCGGAAAAGCUCAUCUAGUCCUUUCCCUUCUGCAUUUGCCUUAGGAAACCAAGCUUGGCUGGUAAAACAAGCACAAGGGUGCAGCUGGGCCUCAUCAGGCCUCUUGUUGGCUAAUCAUUCUGCAAAAGCAUUUAACUAUCCUUGAGUGUGGCUAGACCAUUCCAUCUCUGAGCUCUUUUACACUCCAGUUUAGGAGCACUUGCUUAGCAUGGGGUUAAUCCCAGCACUAAGAGACAAAGGGAGUGAAGGAGGAAAGGGAGGGAGAGAGAGAGAGGGAGAGAGAGACAGAGAGAGAGAGACUGACUUACUGUGUAGACCAGGCUAGCCUUGAAUUUCUGCAGCUCUGUCUGCCUUUACUUCCCAAGUGCUAGAAUUAAAGAUGUGUAUCCUCUGCCUGGUUUCAAAAAAUAGAUUAAAAAUUAAGAUUUAUUUAUUUUAAAUAUUUUUUUGAGAUUAUAAAAUAAUUACAUCACUUUCCCCUUCCUAAAUAUAUAAUUACAACCUGCUCAGUCUAUAAUGUCACUUGUAUGUGUGUGUUUUCAGGGGUUCAUAUCUGGUAUUGGAUAACCAAUGGAGUGCUCUUCCCUGGGGAAGACUAUUUCUCCUGUCUCAGCGUUCCUCAGUUGCCUGUAAUUCUUUAUCUAGGGUUGAGGCCUCAUGAGCCCCUCGCCCCAAAAAUAGCUUUGAUGAAAGAAGAGGAUCAGUGAAAUGGCUAGAAGGCCAAUGAGCUUGCUGUUCACUCCUGGCAACCUGAGUUCCAACCCCAGACCCGACAUAAAGGUAGAAUGAGAGAAUUGACUAUGCAAAGUUUUCCUUUUUUGAGUGCCCCUCCUGCUAAUAAGAAAUAAGGGCGGGGCUGGAGAGAUGGCUCAGGGGUUAAGAGCAUUGACUGCUUCUCAGAAGGACCCAGGUUCAAUUCCCAGCACCCAUAUAAUAGCUCCCAACUGUCUGUAGCUCCAGUUCCAGAGGAUACAGACAUACAUGUAGGCAAAACACCAAUGCACAUAAAAUAAAAAUAAAUAAAUCUUUAAAAAAAAAAAAGAAAUAAGGGACUGGAGAGAUCAAUCAGUGGUUAAGAGCACUAACUGCUCUUGUAGAGGACCAACGUUUGAUUCCCAGUGCCCACAAGGUGACUCACAAUCAUCCAUAACUCCAGUCUCAGGGUAUCCAACACCUUCUUCUGGCCUCCCUGAGCACCAGGCACACAUGGGGUAUACGUGUACACAUGUAGGCAAAGUACUUAUAUACAUAAAUAAAAAUAAAUAAAUAUUUAAAAUAAUAAUUAUAGUACAUAAAUUGUUUAAGGCCAGUGAAAUUCAGCAAGUAGAGGUGCUUCCUACUAAGACUGACAACAUGGGUUCCACGCCAAGGACCCAAACGAUGGGAGAAGAGAACUAUUUCCUACUAGCUGUCCUCUGACCUCCAUAUGCAUAACAUGGUACAUGUUUGUGUAUACACACAUAGCAAAAAAAAUUAAUUUAAUUGCAAUUUUUAAGUAAAUAAAUUUCCAUUACCCCCCCCCCAAAAGUAAAAGGUUGGGGAAAUAGCUCAGUUGGUAGUGUUUGCUUAGCAUGCAUGGAGGCCUGGGUUCCAACCCAGCACUGAAAUGGAAGGAGGGAAGAGACAGGUACAGAGAAAGGAAAGGAAACAGAAGAGAAGAAGAAAAACAAGGUUGAGGAAAGUAGCUCAGAGACAGAGUGCUUUCCUAGCAUGUACAAAGUCCUGGGUUCCAUCUCCAGCACUGCAUAAACCAGGUAUUGGUUGGUGCAUACCCAUCAUCCUGUGAAGGUCUACCCUUGAUUUUACAGGCUCCAUCUUAGGGUAAAGGGCCACCAUCUCAGACUACCUGCUGUACUCAGUUCUAGGAAGGACCUCAGGAAUGUGCCAUGACAACUCGAACGGAUAUAGAACAAUAUCCUCCUGUAGACAUCCUGUCUGCGGUUUAUGGCCCUUGAAGAUAUCUAGACAAUCCUGCUGAGCAGUCCAGAUAAUCCUGUUCAGCAGGUUGUGGUUCCCCACUAAAAGUCUAACCCAAUGGUUUCAAAUGUGGUUUCACAUCCAAAGUCUAGACCAAUAGUUUCAAAAAAAUCACCUUGCCCCAUAUCCCUUCUACCCAAUCCCAAGUUGCCAACCUGCUUGUGGUUUUUCCCUAUAAAAACUCUCUACAUCUGGGCUCGUGGCUGCAGCCACAUUUCCUUCUAUCUGCCAUGUGGUGGCCCAGGUUGAACCUGAAUAAAAGGAUCUUUAUGUGCUUGCAUCGGAAA